CAAAGACCAAUUGUGCACACAACGACAUACAUGUCAAUGUUAGAGAAUAGCACGGAACGUUUAGAUAGCACGCCACGAUCUGCGAAGCGCCGCAAGAUAGCAGUCGCUUGCGAUCCUUGCAGAAGACGCAAAGUUCGCUGCGAUGGCAUCCAGCCGACAUGCACGCAAUGCGUGACCGGCAGAAAGAGAUACACCUGCACUUACGAAGACAGAAUUCUAGAGCCGCAGAGAACAAAUUUCGAGGGCAUAGGAUCUAUUCUUGCGCGAACUGGGCGCGCUGAGGACUCACGCCACGUCGAACAUGAUCUAGCAUUCACGAACACGCUGGAAACACCGGCAGACACACUUGUAGCUGCUUCCGAAUAUUCUGAUGCAAACUUGGCUCGGUCAGAGGUGCAGGAUGUGAUCUUUGGCGCAUCUUCAUCGACGACGUUUAUGCAUCAGCUAUCCAGCAACCAGCACCGACAUACUCACGACUUUGUGCCUAAAGAGACGCGUCACGUCCCAGCCAAACUCAAAACUUCAGUGGUGAAGGCGGCAGUCAUGCCCCGUCGGCGUGUUGCAGACGAUCUUAUCAAGACUUAUUGGACAUUCGUACAUCCUCUGUUUCCGAUACUACACAGGCCUACCUUUGUGAGAAGCUACGAAAAGUUGUGGACUUCACAGCCAGAUGAGGAUCCUGAAACAAAUGACAGCCGUCGAGACUUUGAAGAAGCUCUGUUUCUCUCCACCCUCAAUAUCGUCUUCGCGGUGAGCACGCGCUUCUGCAACUCUAUACCAAAGUUGGAGAAAGGAACCAUGGUCUCAGACUUCUAUAACAUGUCGAAGCAGACGUUUCAGUACGACGCCCUUGAUUGCACCUCUUUCCCAGUACUUCAGAUGCUGCUUCUUCAGGCUGUCCAUCUGCAGUCUACAACCGAAGUAACAAGAUGUUGGAAUCUCUUAGGUGUCGCAAUUCGAAUGGCGCAGAGUCUCGGGUUACAUUCAGAACAAACAUAUCAAAGUCAGAAGACAGUAUACAGCCGGGAGAUGGGCAAGAGACUUUGGCACUCAUGCCUUGUUCUAGACAGAUUGGUCGCUGCGACAUUCGGGUGGCCGAUGAUGAUUCGGGGCGGGCACUCUACACUCCUACCCAUGUUGAGCGACGACACUCUGAGUGUUCAGGACAAAGAGGCUCCAUCUUCAGUGAGAAUGACAUGUGAGCUCCCCAUCUUCAGAUGCACCUGUGAUCUGUUCGACGUUGUUGGUGAAAUACUGUCGGCGCUCUAUUGUGACAACGGAGCUUUGAACUCUGUGGGAAGUAGCCGAGAUCAGCGAUCUCAAAGCCUGUCACAAAUUGCAAGCUUGAACGGCCGAUUAGAAGCGUUUCUCAUUUCGAUUCCUGAUCAUAUUCGCGACUUCAUCGAAGGGCGAGGGCGCAUCGCUUCCGAUGACAUCUCGGUCCUUAACGAGCACGCUGUUUCGUGCAGGUUCCUCUAUACUCGCAUACUUCUUCUGCGCCCUGCCCUGUUGCUGCUUCCGUCGGGUUCGGACAGUACCGAUGAGGAGUACAUGCCUCAUGAGGAUCGACAAGUUAUACAUAAUGUCGAGCUUUGUACGACGACAAGUGAACGCCUAUUGAAUAUACUCUACAAUAGUCUUGACUCUUCCUUCCGCGUAGCCGACUGGCAUGUCGUUUACAUGACAUUCACAGCUGCAACUUCCAUGCUAGCCAUGAAGAGAUACGCUUCUACUCGCCUACCUGUUCUGGUUUCCAGCAUCGACGUCUGCAUCCAGAGAUCAUACCACAUCCUUCGGUGCAUGGAAUCUAGUGUACCCGUUUCGACACAAAGCCUCCACUCUCUACAACUCCUAGACCGUCACAUUAAUGAGAGCUUUGGUGGACGACGAAGUGUCGCUGAGCAGAACUUCACGCCAGCGAUGGAGCAGUUGAACGACAUGACGAGUAUUGAAGACUUUGAUGACUUCGAUUGGCUUGCGAACCCGAGUGCGAUGUUGAGUCAACAGAUGCUAGGUUCGGAGUGGCUCGGAGAUUCUGGCGCGUGGUUCAAUCAAUGAGUUCGUGAUCGGACACGGGAAUGUGGCACGAUCCUUGUCGGAGGAAAGUUUGAGGAAAUAAUACUUGGAUGUUGUAUGAGAUCAAAGAGAUGCCAUGUACUUCUCAUGUUGCUGGCAGUAAACCGGCUACUCCCAACGCAAUAAAGCUGGGCACUGCCGUUCUAUCAGUCCAAAGACGCCUUGCCGCAGCAGGUUAUAAUGGUACAUGGUAGAGUCUAGCGAUGGGUGUUCGAAGGCGUAAUCUGAUCCCAGUCCAAAAUCUACACAUGACUGAGAAAAGGCGGCGUUUUAGUUCCAUGUUACACAGACAUUUUUGACACUUAUUGCUGAUAAUGGAGUAUC